UUUUUAAUUGCCGUCUCGGAAAGGUCUUCGUAAGUUACACUACUAAACACAAGGUAAAGGAACCGCAGCUUCUAGCUUCCAAUGAACCUCUUCACGUGCAGCAUCGGAGACUCCAGUGGUUGAUGCUAAUUUUUUUAAAUUUACAAAAAAAGCCCUCAGACUGCAUGUUAGACAAACACAAAUAUCUUAAAACCAUCGUAAUUCAGUAUUUGGCUUAAAUUGGGGAUAAUGAGAUUCCAGCGAUUGAUGCAAUUUUUUUCUGUCUGAUCGGUCAAGUAGAACCUUAGACGAGGUCGCUUAGGCAAUUUUAAUCUUAGGCAACCGCAGCUUCUAGCUUCCAAUGAACCUCUUUACCUGCAGCAUCGGAGACUCCUGUGGUUGAUGCUAAUUUUUUUUAAAUUUACAAAAAAAGCCCUCAAGCUGCUUGCUACAGGAAAUACAAGUAUCUUAUUAUCAUCGUAAUCCAGUAUUUGGCAUAAAUUGUGGAGAAAAAGGGCACUCCAUGAGCGCAAAGGUCGAGGAUAAGUGAGCAGAAGUUAAAUCAGACGUACAUAUCUCACGUUGUGGAGUACACCAAGUUUCUAUUGAAGAGUAUAAAUCGUUAUCCUACUCCAAUAGGUGAAGUCAUGAUACCUACAGUCAUUGGCAUUUUCAUUCUACUUGUGGUAGUCUAUGUCGUGCCCACAAUAUGGCAACGCCGCCACCUUCCGCCGGGUCCAUUUCCUUUGCCCUUGGUUGGAAAUGUUCUCUCAAUUGAUCUUAAGAGACCAUACACCGCCUUUGCUGACAUGGCCAAAAAGUACGGCAAGUUAUUCCGAAUCCUCAUGGGCAGACAACAGGUGAUUGUUAUAAAUAGUUACGAAAUCGCGAGAGAAGCUCUCGUCACAAAAGCGGCAGAUUUCGCUGGUCGACCACAACAUUUCUUCGGCGAUAUUUUUGGCCGAAAUUGUACCGAUAUCGCAUUUCAAUCUUUAAGUAGCAGAUGGAAAAUACAGCAUAAACUUGCGAUAACAGCUCUGCGUCUGACCGAGGAUAAAGCAAACUUGGCUGACCAUGUAGAAAAGUUAUGCAGCAGAUUCAACUCUUUUAAUGGUAAUCCAUUCUGUCCCCACGAUAUAGUCAUCAACUCUUUGGCUAAUUGCCUCUCCUCUCUAAUUUUUGGCAAAGAACUCAAACUGGAUGAUCGUGAGGUAGAAAUGCUCGUAGAGGCCGUUCGUGUUUUUCGAGAUUCACUCGGUGCAGUUAACAUGAUCAACACUUUCCCAAUGUUGAAGUAUAUUCCUUUUGACAUCGUAAGGAAAGCAAAGCGCGCUGGAGAAAUCCGAGAUGAAAUUUUUGAAAGGAAGUUUGAAGAACAUAUCUUGACCUUUCAGAAGGGCUAUACUCGUGAUUUGAUUGAUGCCUUGCUGAUGGGCUUCUAUGAAAUGGCUGAAGAUGGUUUACUUACCAAGCGGCAUUUAAUCUCGAGGUAGGGAACAAGUCAUAUGCUAAUUCUGCUUUGUUCUAAGAUUCCGUUAAGGUGUUUUGGGAGGCUCAUAGUAACAUGAUUUUUUUAUGUACGAAUAAACAGUUUCCCCUUUUGGUGAAAAGAAAUGCGAAAUUUUCAAAAUCCAAGGAAUUUGGCAGAUUAUUUUCAAUACAUAAUUAAAAGUUCCAAAAGAGCUGAUGAUAAUUUCUAAUAAUCGCCGCUAAAAGAGCUUAUUGGUGCGUAGCGAAGAAAAUCUCAAUAUCAGUUUGAAUAACAAAUAAAAGCCCAGUUCGUAAAGCUAUAAAACUCUAGAAAACAAAUCCCACAGUAACACUUUUCAUUCAACUAAUUUAUUCUUGUUUUCGUCGUUAUCAUGUUACCACCAAUCGCGCAGCUCCAUUAAUAUUUUCUGCACAUAAACACGCACAAGCCACAGUCCCUCUGUUUGCUCAGACGAAGGACUAAUGCUUGAAAAGUCAGCUAUAAAAUCUCUUGGAUGGCUAAUUUGCAUUAUCAACUCAGUUAAUUGAUAGAGCCAAAUCAUCCAAGAUUGGAAAAAAUAAUCAAAAAAGUUUUGCUUGUAAGUGUCUUUGAACAGCCUUGACUUCGGCUGUGGAGAUGCAAUGUUUUAUGUCGCGCUUAUGGAUAUAAAGACUGGUUUUGAAAUCUUUUCAGCUCUUAUGAUAUUUCGUAAAAGGCGUUUUGGUUAUUCAUCGUGGUGAAUAACAGUAAAAGCUAAGUUUUUCGUUUGUCUCACGAUGUAGUCACAUGUGAUGUAGAUCGCGAGGCGAUUAAGUCGACUGAUCAUGCUCUGCUGUGAUAACAAUCAGUAAUCAGUAUACAGUCGAAACGUCGCGAUCUACCGUCACAUGUGACUACAUCGUGAGACAAACGAAAACCUUAGCUUUUACCCUUAUGAUAUUGUACAUUUUUUCUCAGUAAGUGUUAAGCCUCAAGCCAAUUAUCCAUUUUUUUCUUAGUACGUCUUUAGUCUUUUUCACCUUCCAUCAAAAUGUUGCAAAGCAGGCGAACCUGGCGUCACAUGAGGGUUGAGUUCGUUCUUGUUCUGAAGAUUUUUCUCCAAGUCCUCCGGUUUUCCUUCCUCCACAAAAACCAAUAUUCCAAAUAGCAAUUCAACUAGCAAACAGUGGACAAGAAGAGCCAACUCCUGGACACCGCUAAAUUCAGUAUUAUCAUUAUAAUAACAAUAAUUAUUAUUAUUAUUAUUAUUAUUAUCAUUAUUAUUAUUAUCAUUAUUAUUAUUAUCAUCAUUAUUAUUAACAGCAACUACGUGUUUCUGGGGGAACAUUUAUUAAGAAAGUUUCUACACUACUGAGUUGGAGCUGCUCAAGUUUGUGUUCCAAAAUAGUAUUUUUGUAUCGAUGAGGUCCCUGAAGUACAUCUGUUGUGUAUCUUUCAAGUCAACCCUUGCAGCAAAUGAUAUCUUUGUUAUCCUCUUAUUCCUUAAAACCCGAGCUUGUUUUCAAUUUAAGUAGAUGGAAACUUCUAUUCUGCAUGAUCUCAGAUUUGAGUCCGAUGUUCGUGAAAGAACUUGCGUUUUCUGAGCGAGGAACCGCCGUAAAUACGCAAAUAUAUUUAAUUUGCUCAAUGGGCGAAAUAUUGGGAUUUGUAUGGAAAUGAACUGUCACAUCCUCAAUCAAGAAAUCUGAGCUAGUUUUGAAUAAAAACACACUUACCUCACUUUAGAGGUCGUUCCUUUGUAUCGUGUGAUUUUUCUAGGUUGAUGAUUUAGAGCCGUUUAGCUCGGUCUUCGUUUAUAUGCUUUGUCCUUUAUAAAGGAAAGAAAAGGAUUCUAUAGAGGGAAGAGCAUAAGGCGGUCGAGAUCUUUUGGGCUCGAUCAAAAAAAGGUCUUGAAAGAUUAAGAAUUGUGUCUGUUUCCAGUUGUUGAUUUAGAGUAAAAAGGAUGAGUCUUUUAGACAAGCACACACUCGACUGUAAUGUUGUAUACAUUACUGAUUAUGUCUCAUUUAAAUUAAUUUUCUCUAUUGUAUCAAUUACAGCGCCUCUGAUUUCUUUUUCCCUGGUACCGAAACUCCCUCAACUGUCAUCACGUGGGCCAUAUUUUAUCUCAUCAAACACCCAGAUAUGCAGGACAGGCUCCAUCAUCAGUUGGAUGACGUCAUAGGCAGUACUAACCGCUUGCCAGAGUUUUCUGACAAACGAAACUUGCCCUUUUUGGAUGCAUUCAUCACUGAGGUUCACCGUAUUGUGAGUGAAACUCCGUUAGCUGUUCCCCACUCAACAACUUGUGACACGUCCCUCGCUGGAUUUAAGAUCCCUCGGGACAUGACUGUCCUUAUUAAUCUCUGGGCCAUCCACCAUGAUCCAGAUAUCUGGGUCGACCCAUUCAGCUUCCGCCCAGAGCGCUUCUUGGACGAACACGGCCGUCUGCACGUGGAGGGCGUCAUGUCGUUCUCAGCAGGAAAGCGGAAGUGCCUAGGACAGUCUUUUGCGAAGAAAGCAGUUUUCUUGUAUCUCGCCCAGUUGCUGAGCAGAUUCAGAUUUGAGUGCCCCGAGGGAACAACAUUACCCAAGGAGGAGGAGAGCGUUUACGGAAUAGUGCUUGAGAGUAAGCCUUUUCAAGUUCGUGCCAUACCUAGAAAAAGGAAAGAGCAGUAAUUAGCAGACUACAGUACAACAAGAAAAAGUUAUCAAGGACUAUGAGACAUUAGUCACUUCGAGGAAUUUCUUUUGUUCAGUAUUAUUAUAAUAUGCAGUGUGAAACUUCAGUAUUGCGUUACAUUAUGUUACGUAUGUAACGAGUUAUUUCAGUAAAUCAGAACAUUUAACGAAGAUAAGCGAUCCUCGUAGUUAUGAAUUAGAAAGUUCAAAGUUAGAACGUUAUUAAAAUGCAUGAAAAAUUAUAAAAACUGUUAGUAAAAUAUUUUGACGACGUUUUGACGUUGCUUCACGACAUCAUUAAGUCAAGUGUGAAAAUGCAAGUAACAAUUCAAAAAGUAAUAAAACUUAAAGGAAAUAAUGUCUUUGUCGCCGUGGGUAUAGUUCCUAAAGGUAAAUAAUAACUAAAUGUCAGGUAAAAAGUUUUGCGCGC